AUGAGCGAGGAACCAGAAGCCAAGAAGUCUAAAGUUGAGGACGACGCCAAUUCUAGUGAAGAAGGGCCCAAACCAUUGCCAGCAGGCUGGGAGAAGCGCAUGAGCCGCAGUAACAGUAAGUUUUUUGUUGUUUUAUUUAUUUAGAUCGUAGAAGAUAGCCCAAAUUGUUUUUUGGUCAAUUAUUGUUUUUUUGACGUGAUAGUCAAUUUUAGAUUUAAUUUUCUUAUUAAUCUUAAGUUUCCAUUUUUGUUAUCUAAAAUUUCGAAUUUAGAUAAAGAAUAUUACUUGAACGUUUAUACUGGACGUUCUCAGUGGGAUCGGCCAACUAAGCCAGCCGAAGAAGAUACCAAAUUGCCCAAGAAAGUUCAGUGUCUUCACAUUUUGGUCAAACAUGAAGGAUCUCGCAGGCCAAGCUCGUGGAGGACAGAGAACAUCACCAGGUCCAAGGAGGAUGCCGAGAAGAUUUUAAGAGGUAAUUUUCUUAUAAGAUAGGAAAGUUUUUUAUUUUUUAGUGUGUAUAUGGCUUGAAAUUCAAGUGAAAAUUUAAGUUUUAAACUGUCUGAUUUUAAAUUUUCAUCUUUUAAAAAAUCUUUCAGGGUACCAAAAGGAGCUGAACGCUCUGGACAAGGCUGAAAGGAAGCGUAAAUUCAAGCAAUUGGCCAGCGAGUUUAGCGAUUGUUCCUCUGCCAAACGGAACGGUGACUUGGGUCCGUUUGGUCAUGGACAAAUGCAAAAAGCCUUUGAAGACGCAUCUUUUAAACUCACCAUCGAUGAAAUGAGCGACGUUGUGGAUACUGACUCUGGUCUACAUCUGAUUUACCGUAUUGCGUAG